UGGCGAGCUACGGUGGGUGAACAUGUUCCGUAUGCUUAGUCUGCGAAGUUUGUCCCAAAGCAAGAAUAAAUUUCUCGCUCAACAAAGCGGCACGGUCGGUGUCGAUGGCCGUGUGGUCGUGCGUUGCGAGCCGCGAAGAAAAGUGUCCCAUUUAUGUAACCGUGAGCUCGCCUCAGAGCUGCUCCUCAUUAACGACAAUGGCACGGUCAACAUAAAACGGGUCCACUCGACGACACCGUCGGCCGAAAUUUCGUUGGAGGGCAAGAAAACUAAACGGAAAAAAUCGGGCGGCAGCAAGUUCAUCGAACUGCUAGCCGUCAAAGAUGGUGAUACGAAGGAAACGAAGGCGACAGUGCAGAAGCUGAAGGCCAAAAAGCUGGCCAACUUCAUCCAUGAUCAAAUAGCUCUGGAACCUUUCCCGGGCCGUUCGGGCACAGCUGCUACACGCAAUUCGGUUCCUCCGGUGGACAUUUCCAGGUGGAACUUUGAGGAAACCCCUGUUAUCUACAUCGGGCCCAGCAUGAACGAGACGGAAAUUUCACCCGAAACCCUGUCCGAGAUACUGGAGAGUGUGAACGUGCUAAAGGAAAUCCACCAGCGUCGGGUAAUCCGCACGAAAUCCGUUCCCGUGCAGGAACUAGAGGAUCCGGUGAUCGAAGGCGAAGCGUUACUCGAACCAGAUUCGGUGACCCUUGCGGAUGAAACUGAACUAGCGUUCGACGUACCAGAGCUUUCGUUGAACAAACAGGGCAAAACGAAGCGUACCAAAGGAAAUCAACCAAAUCGGCCACAGAUGGAGGACGAACAGAAGAAGGCUGGCGGCAAGUUUGCCUCGAAGUACUACCAAACUUCCGAGCUGGAGAAUCUGGCACGCCAGCGCAGCUUUCAGAUGACGCUGCACGCGUAUCUGGACAUGUGCAUCACGACGGGGUUGGUGAACCGUGCGUACGCCACCACCCUGAACUACCGGCACAGACGCAAACGGCGCGAGUUUGAUGUUGCGACGUACAAUCAGCUCAUUCACGCGUACGCCGGAAAGGGAAACUUCAGUCGGGUACGAGAUCUGCUGCGCGUGCUGCGUGAAGAUAACAUUGCACCGUCAGCUCAGACGUACGCCGGAGUCUUUGAGUGUUUGGCGCGCCUCGAACGGAGCGAGGACGUGAUGCAUGAAGCGCAAGCUUAUCUGCAGGAAGCCAAAGCCAAUGGAUUCACGAUGGACGACAUUCUCGAUCGGAGUAAAUUUACGCACGAUCAGCGGGAUGUGAUCUUGAGUCUCUUCCGCUCCUUGUCGCCAUCAUUCGAGCCCGUCUAUCGACCGCCAAUCCUCACAUACAACAACCAUUUGGUCGAUGCACUCAACGAGCACGUGCUACCGAUUGGAGCACAUCCACCUGCCGACGGGUCAGUCCCAGGGGCUGAGAUAAUGAACCCGAAGGCCGGUUUCACUCGCGACGCACUGGAGCGGAUGAUGCAGCAACAGGUGGAGCUGGAGCUGGACGGCCAUCUGUCGGUGAAGAGUAUUGAAAAGUUUCCCGAACCAACGCAACUAGUGUUGCAGUAUCGUAAAGAAGUGGAUGAGUUGAAGAAAGUCUGGGCGAAACAGAUCACGAUGGCGUUCCACCGGGAUUUUAACACCCUGAAGGCGAUCACCGAUACGAAAGCUUCGCGUACGAUCAACCUCUUCCCAUACCUGAAAGCCCUAUCGGUGCCCCAGUUCACCGAGAUUCUGCUCGACGAGGUGCACAUGCUGCUCGAAGGGUCGGAUACGUUCAGUUUCGUCGUUUCGCAGCUAUACCGCGACCUGGGACGAAAGGUCGAAUCGCGUUACCACGUGGAGCAGAAGCGAAUGGCCGGUGUGGUGGACAAAACGUACGAGAUUUACGGUCGCUAUGCGACCACCCUGGCGACCGGGAACUCGAGCGACAAUCCACGUCAACUUUGGCAACGAUUGGUACAUGAAACACGCAACACCGGUCCCAGCAUGGACAUCGAGAGUGUGGCGUGGCCGAAGGCGGCCGUCAUCGGAGUGGGCAAGUUCCUGUACAAUAUCUUGAAGUGUGAUCUCAAGAUCAACGUAAAUGCGACCAGCCGCACCAACACGCGCAAGGUGAAGCUGGUGCCAGCCUUCUAUACGCUCUUUCGCUACGAGGCGAAGAUGGCCAAAGAGCAGAUAAAACCGCAUCCCGUACUGAUGAAGCUCUACCGCAAGUCGCAACCGAGCACACUCAAGUUCGACAUCAACCUGGUGCCGAUGCUGUGUCCUCCGCAGCCCUGGAGCACUCCGACGAACGGGGGCUACCUGUUGGCAAAGUCGGAACUGAUCCGUUUGCCCCAGCAAGCCCACCAGCAGACGGAACGUAUCGCUGAGGCCGAUCCACAGGAUCUCUACCCAACGCUCGAUGCCCUCAAUCAGCUGGCCAGCAUACCGUGGGUGGUCAAUGAACCCGUGCUCGAUGUCAUCAUCGACGUGUUCAAUGCCGGUGGCAAUGUGAAGCUGGACGUACCCGAGCCCCCGUCCGCAAUGCCACCGAUCCAGGAUGAGACGCCGAGGAGCGAGAUGAGUGGUUUCCAAAAGUACACGCUUCUCCGGAAUCGGCUCGUACACCAGCGGAAACAGGGCGAUAUGUACAGUCUGUGGUGUGACGCACUCUACCGUCUAUCGCUGGCGAGUCAUUACCGCGGGAAGGUGUUUUGGUUGCCGCAAAACAUAGACUUCCGCGGGCGAGUGUAUCCCAUACCGCCCCAUUUGAACCAUCUCGGACAUGAUCUCGCGCGCUGUUUGUUGGUGUUUCAUCAGAAAAAGCCCCUCGGACCGGAUGGGUUCCGAUGGUUGAAGCUACACUGCAUCAAUCUGACCGGGCUGAAGAAACGCGAGUCGAUCGACGAGCGGUUGCGGUACGCCGACGAGAUCAUGGACGAUAUUCUCGAUUCAGCCGAUCAUCCACUGACCGGGCGGAUGUGGUGGAGCAAGUCGGACGAACCGUGGCAAACGUUGUCCUGUUGUAUGGAAAUUGCCAAGGUGCACCGUUGUCCGGAUCCAGAGAUGUUCGAAAGUGGCUUCCCGAUUCAUCAGGAUGGUUCGUGCAAUGGCUUGCAACACUAUGCUGCCCUCGGUCGUGACACUCCCGGUGCGGUGAGUGUGAAUCUGGCGCCGGCUGCCGUACCGCAGGAUGUGUAUAGUGCGGUAGCCGCACUCGUGGAGGAGAACCGUAUCCGCGAUGUACGAAAUAACAUUAAAGUGGCCGCCAUUCUGGAGGGUUUCAUACGCCGAAAGGUUAUCAAGCAGACGGUCAUGACGACGGUGUAUGGAGUGACACGGUACGGUGCGCGCAAGCAGAUCGCUCGUCAGCUCGAGUACAUCGACGAUUUCCCAAAGGAUUGGGUUUGGCCUGCCUCUAGCUACCUUACCCAUAAGACGUUCGAUGCCCUUAGCGAAAUGUUUACCUCGGCCAAAGAGAUCCAGGACUGGUUCACCGAUUGUGCCCGACUCAUAUCGGCCGUUUGUGCGCAGAACGUCGAGUGGGUAACCCCACUAGGGUUACCGGUUGUUCAGCCAUACAAUCGUGCAGAUCGUCUAGCGGGGAGUACAAAAUCCACGGCACAACUUCCGGAACACUUUGCGAUAGAUUCGUUUGAAAAACCGAACAUCAUGAAGCAGAAGAAUGCGUUUCCACCGAACUUUGUCCACUCGCUAGACUCGAGCCACAUGAUGCUGACGUCGCUGCACUGCGAACGGGCCGGGCUCACGUUCAUCUCGGUGCAUGACUGUUACUGGACCCACGCAUGUACCGUGCCCACGAUGAAUACGAUCUGCCGUGAACAGUUCGUCGCUCUGCAUUCCGAACCGAUUCUGGAGGAUUUGUCCAAGUUUUUGGUACAAAAAUACAGCUACGACGAGAAUGAAAUAAGCAACGACGGUUCCGUGAUCGAUCUCACCAAGCGCAAGCUCAACCGCAUCCUGCAGCAGUGUCCCGACAAAGGAGACUUCGAUCUGCAGAAGGUGCUGGAAUCAGUGUACUUCUUUAGCUAGGCAUCGGUAGCUUCUGGGUAGUAGUUGCACCCCUGCGCCAACGGCACGUACGACGACGGAGUACGGUGUGUUGGUCUAGUCAGUGAAGGCGCCAUUGGAUCGAAUCAUCCACAGCACACGAGGUCUUCCCUCUAAUUACUGCCUGUCUGCUUAGCUCACGGAUCGUAAACCCGGAUGUACCACAAAUGCCUUGCACUGGAUUCCGUAACGGAACUGGAGUUUGUUUUCAAACUUGCAGUGAUGCACCGCCGGCGCAUCGCUGGCCCACUGUUUGACUAUUGUCAACGAACGGUCAUUACGAUUUUAAUUGGAUGUUUUUUGUCGAACGCAACGCGAUGGAAUAAAGUGAUAAACAAAAGGGAUGUGUUCC